AUGAGAGACCUUUUGAGGUGUGCUGAUAGUGUUGACAGACUGCUCAUGCUUAUAGGCACCGUGGCCGCCAUCGGAGAAGGCCUCUCGUCUCCUGUCACCAUGUACAUGUUGAGCGGAGCAAUAGACGCGUUUGGCAGCGCAAAUCAGUCCAUUUCCAACGGCGUAGUGAAUAAGUAUGCACUUAGGUUGCUUUAUGUUGGUGUAGGAAUUGCAUUUUGUGGUUUGUUAGAGGGGCUUUGCUGGACAAAAACUGCUGAGAGGCAGACAUCAAGAAUGAGGGUGGAGUAUCUGAGAUCAGUUCUAAGGCAAGAAGUCGGAUUCUUCGACAGCGAAGAUGUUUCUUCUAGAACCUUCCAGAUAGUCUCAAGCACAUCCACAGAUGGUCACACCAUCCAAGAUGUCAUAGCCAACAAGAUUCCAAAUUCCCUCGUGCAGUUCUCCUCGCUCGUGUUUGGUGUUGCUGUCGCCUUCUUUCUCUCGUGGAGACUAGCACUAGCCUCUCUCCCAUUGGUGAUCAGCUUCAUCAUCCCGGUUUUGGCCUUUGGGAAGGUGAUGACUGAGAUGGGCAUCAAGAGCAAAGAUGCAUAUGGCGAGGCAGGCGACAUUGUGGAGCAGGCGGUCUCCAACAUACGGACUGUCUACUCGUACGUGGCUGAGGCGAAGACUGUGGAAAACUACAGCAGCGCGCUUCAAGAGAGCACUAAUCUCGGGAUCAGGCAAGGACUGAUGAAAGGGUACAUGAUAGGGAGCAUGGGGGUGAUGUUUGCUACGUGGGCGUUUCAGGCGUGGGUCGGGGGCCUCCUCGUCUCAGAAAAGGGCGAAAAUGGAGGCCGUGUCUUCAUUGCUGGAACCUGCAUCAUCCUAGGAGGAAUAUCCUGCAUAACAGCUCUGCCUAAUGUGCCAUACAUCACAGAUGCAUCGGCUGCUUCAAAGAGGAUAUUCGAGAUGAUCAACCGGAACACUGACAUUGACGUUGAAGAUGAAAAUGGGAAGAUUUUGGCAGCUGUGAAGGGGCAGAUUGAGUUCAGACAAGUUCAUUUCAGCUAUCCAUCAAGAAAAGAUGAGGCAGUUUUUAAAGGGCUCUGCCUCAAGAUUAGGCCUGGCCAGAAAGUUGGCCUUGUGGGUGGAAGUGGCUCCGGGAAGUCGACAGUCGUCUCGUUGCUCGAGAGAUUUUACGAUCCUACAAAAGGAGACAUAUUACUUGAUGGCCACAGGAUCAAGAAAUUGCAGUUGAAAUGGUAUAGGUCUCAAUUUGGCCUAGUAAGCCAAGAGCCAGUGUUGUUUGCCACAUCCAUAAAGGAAAAUAUUCUGUUUGGGAAAGAAGAUGCUUCUCUUGAAGAGAUCAUAGCUGCGGCUAGGGUCGCCAACGCGCAUGAUUUCAUCAUCGAGUUCCCUCAGGGAUACGACACGCAAGUAGGGCAGCUCGGAGUUCAGCUGUCAGGAGGGCAGAAGCAGAGGAUCGCGAUAGCACGAGCAUUAGUCAGGGACCCGAGGAUCCUCUUGCUAGAUGAAGCUACAAGCGCGCUUGACUCACAGUCCGAGAGCCUCGUACAGGAGGCCAUCGAGCAAGCUGCACAGGGCCGGACAACAGUACUAAUAGCUCACCGGCUCUCCACAAUCCGAGCCGUUGACACAAUCAUGGUUCUAGAAUCAGGGAGGGUGGCAGAAUCAGGCAGACAUGAUGAGCUGAUGGAGAUCAACGGCGGGAUCUACAGACGAAUGAUGGAUCUCCAGACGUCGUCUAUGCACAAUGAGGCCACAUCAUACAAAAUUGGUCAAUUUUCACAUAGACUGAUGAAUUCCCAAAGUUUUAGAUCUUUCAACGACUCUAGCAUACAGGGUAGCCCUGCUUCCCCCUUCGCGCCUACAUUGCCCCUAAGCUUGCUCUCUUCCAUCCAAAACAGCCCGACCUCCUCAUUCAGUGCCCCUUGUGGAGGAGACGAAGGGUCAGACUGUUCAUCUCCUCCAGAUCCUUCACUCUGGCAGUUGCUGCAUAUGAACUCGCCAGAGUGGAGGAGAGCCUUACUAGGCUGCUUAGGAGCAAUCGCAUUCGGAGCAGUCCACCCCAUAAAUGCAUACUGCAUGGGAGCUCUUGUCUCUGCUUACUUCGAGACUACGCCCUCAAAGAUCAAGUCAGAGACGAGGCUCUACUGCAUUGUCUUUUUAGGACUUGGAGUCGCCACCUUCGUCUCGAAUAUACUCCAGCACCACAACUUCGCAAUCAUGGGGGAGAGGCUAACGAAGCGCCUCUCCGUAAUGGUCCUUGAGAAAAUCCUAACAUUUGAGAUCGCCUGGUUCGAGAAAAACGUGAAUUCGAGUGCUGCAGUUUGUGCUAGGCUCUCCACAGAGGCGAACAUGGUCCGUUCUCUCGUGGGGGACCGCAUGUCCCUGCUCAUGCAGGUCUCCACGAACGCCUUCCUUUCCUUCGCCCUCGGCCUAGUAGUUGCGUGGAGACUCGCGGCCGUGCUGAUCGCCAUCCAGCCCGUGAUCAUCACCAGCUUCUACUUAAAAUCGGUACUGAUGAAACAAAUGUCGAUCAGAGCCCAGGAAGCCCAAUACGAAGGAAGCCAACGAGCAAGUGAAGCAGUGAUGCUUCACAGAAGCAUCACAGCUUUCUCCUUACAGGGAAAGAUUCUUUCCCUGUUUGAGGCCACCCUGGCAGUGCCGCGGGCACAGAGCCUGCGCCACUCCUGGAUAUCAGGGGCAGGGCUCUGCGCCUCGCAGUUCUUGACAGUGGCCAGCAUAGCGUUGGCCUUCUGGUACGGUGGCACACUGAUGGCGCGAGGGCAGUUAAGCGCAAGGCAACUCUUCCUCGCCUUCUUCAUCCUCAUGAGCACCGGCAAGACCAUUGCCGAUGCUGGCGCCACAUCGUCCGACACAGCUAAAAGCCGUAGCGCGGUGAUUUCUGUCUUUGCGGUGCUGGCCCGUGAAGGCAAGACUCACAGGGCAGGAGCGAAGGUAGACAAGGUUGAGGGUAAAAUAGAAUUCGACAACGUCUACUUCUCCUACCCGUCCCGCCCCGCGCAGGUGAUCUUGCGGGGGCUUUCCCUUAGGAUCGAGGCGGGGAAGACGAUAGCGCUUGUUGGAGAUAGUGGCUGUGGGAAAUCAACCGUUGUCGCGCUGAUCGAGAGGUUUUACGAUCCAAUGAAGGGGACGCUUCUGAUUGACGGCCGUGAUGUUAGGACAUAUGAUUUGAGAGAGAUGAGAUUGCAGAUUGCGUUGGUGAGCCAAGAACCGGUGCUUUUUGCAGGAACCAUCCGUGAAAACAUAAUCUAUGGCAGAGAUGGCGCCACGGAGUCUGAAAUCGAGCAUGCUGCAACGCUAGCAAAUGCUCAUGAAUUCAUAAGUUCAACAAAGGAUGGGUACAAUACAUUUUGUGGGGACAGAGGAAUCCAGCUGUCGGGAGGGCAGAAGCAGCGAAUAGCGCUGGCUCGCGCCAUUUUAAAGAAUCCUAAGAUCCUUCUUCUUGAUGAGGCAACGAGCGCUCUGGACAGCUUGUCGGAAAAUCUAGUGCAAGAAGCUCUAGAUAAGGUUAUGAUUGGCCGGACUAGCGUCGUUGUCGCCCACCGCCUCUCGACAAUACAGAUGGCCGACAACAUUGUAUUCAUCAAGAACGGGAAGGUCGUGGAAGAAGGAAGUCACUCUGAUCUAAUUGCCCAUGGAGAUGGUGGUUUCUACUAUUCUCUAGUUAAGUUGCAACAUCACUCUCUCUCCAAAUCCCUUUAG